GCAUGGUGGAGGUGGAGGUUGAUGUGCUGGUGCCGGUGCCGGUGGUGGUGGUGGUGGCGGUGGGGGCAAUCUAUCAGAGUCUCUUUUAAAAGCGCCGACCUUUAAAAGCAUGUGACAUCUCGACUUUGCGCUCCGAGUGUGGCUCCAAACGGGACAUAAGUGAGAGACGCGCGGACGCACGGACGCACGGACGCGGCAAGGCACGAUUAAGUUGCCCCGUCUCCACGCAAGCUGCACAUCAGACUGGAAGAAGUUUCUCUCCGUUUGCCUCUUGAAACUCGUUGGAGAGACAUCCGAUCUCCUGACAGGGGCCAGCGCAAAGUCAACACAGAUCGAAAAGAACUGUAAGUAAGCCGUGAGAUGACCCUGUCUGGAGGCAGCGAAAGAGCCAACGACAUGUCCGGCCAGACGGUACUCACAACCGAGGACGUGGACAUCGACGUGGUGGGCGAGGGGGACGAUGAGUGCAUGGAGCGGGACAGCGACUGCGACAGUCCCGGGGGCCGGGGCAUCCUGCACGACCUCCGCCAUGAUGAUGAUGAUGAUGAUGAUGAUGAUGACAUCGAGGUGGACAAAGAGGAGAUGAGAUCCGGCGGCGCGAGUCCGUGCUGCGAGAGCGCCGGAGAAGGGGAGACCGGCGGCGCCGGGAAGGGAGAGGAGCAGAGCGCCACGCCGGGAGGUGCGCUCCAGAAGCCCAAAAGUAGUUUGGUGAAACCGCCGUACUCGUACAUCGCGCUCAUCACCAUGGCCAUCCUCCAGAGCCCGCAGAAGAAACUCACCCUGAGCGGCAUCUGUGAGUUCAUCAGCAGCCGCUUCCCCUACUACCGAGAGAAGUUCCCGGCGUGGCAAAACUCCAUCCGCCACAACUUGUCGCUCAACGACUGCUUCGUCAAGAUCCCCCGGGAGCCCGGCAACCCCGGCAAGGGCAACUACUGGACCUUGGACCCGGCUUCGGAGGACAUGUUUGACAACGGCAGCUUCCUCAGGAGGAGGAAAAGGUUCAAGAGGGUUCAGCCGGACGUGCUCAGGGACCAGACUGCUCUGAUGAUGCAAAGUUUCGGGGCCUACGGGCUGGCGGGCCCCUAUGGGAGGCACUACGGCAUCCACCCGGCCGCCUAUUCCCACCCCGCGGCUUUGCAAUACCCCUACAUGCCUCCCGUGGGGCCCAUGCUGCCCCCGGGGGUCCCUUUACUCUCCUCGGCGGAGUUGAACCGCAAAGCCUUCAACUCGCACCUCAGCCCGGGCUUGCAACUGCAGCUCAGCACUUUGAGCACGGCGUCCAUGAUCAAGUCGGAACCGUCCAGCAGACCCUCGUUCAGCAUAGAGAACAUUAUCGGGGUCUCCAGCUCGUCUCCGUCCACGGUGGCGGGCUCCGCACAGGCAUUCCUGCGGCCGCCCGUCACCGUUCAGUCCGCCCUGCUGAGCGCCCAGUCGCUUUCUCUGAGCCGGAGCUCCGCCGCCGCCAUCGCGCCGAUUCUCAGCAGCGUACCUUCCAGCAUUCUUUCCGGACACGUUUUGCCCUCGGCCACUACGGCCACCGUGUCCAAAUGGCCCUCACAGUGACUCUUACUCUAAAACAUAUUUUUAUAAUGAGACCUACAUGUACUGGACAAUGGCGCACUGUAGACAGAAACAAAUAAGAAAAAGGAAAUAUUUCUGUACAGGUAAUAUUUGUAAAUAUUUCUUUGUUUGUUUGUUUGUUUGUUUGUUUUUUUAAAAGAAUCAUUUGACCUUUUCUGUCUUUUGGGGGUUUGGUUACACAUCUGUGAUGAUUAGUUUACAUUUUUUUUGUACUGGAUGAAGAAUGUGGAAAAUUUACACAAACGCUCUGAAAUAGUCUCUUUAUUAUGAAGGAAAAAAAACAGUAUGUGUAAUUCUACUUAGCUAUAUUGUGGUGUACAUUGGCUUUAUUUGUAAAUAAAUCAGAUUCAUAAUUCGAAUACAA